AUGGGUCUCGCCUCCAACCUCACCGUCACCUCGGGCGCCUACGGCCAGCAGCUCCAGCCUCAUGGGUACGGCGGACAGUAUCCACAACAAGAGCCCCGGGGAUACAUCGGGCCUGGUUCUCUCCAGGAAGGUCCUGCCCAAGGCCCCGGCGACAGCAACAACGCCAACACUCAAUACCUUAUGAACGUGUUGCAGCAGUGUGUUCAGGACCAAAACCUUCACGCAUUUUACAACCCUCAAGCGCUCAACAUCGUUGCCCAAGGUGUCGCCCAGUCUGGGGCCCUCAACACAAUCGCUCAAGAGUGGAAGAUUCCCAUGGAACUUGCCACGGAGAUCGUCAAGCUUGCCUUGUUCGAUGUGAUCAUCUAUGUCGAUGACUCUGGAUCCAUGGCCUACGAGGACGGUGGGGAGCGCAUCGAAGACCUCAAGCUGAUCCUCUCCCGUGUCACAUACGUCACCAGUCUCUUCGACAGCGAUGGCAUCCAAAUCAGGAUGAUGAAUUCGCAGGUUGAAGGCAACCACAUCAACUCCGAGCAGGAAGCUUUGCGUCUGGUCUCGCGAAUUCAGUUCUCUGGGCUUACUCCCCUUGGCACUUCGCUCUGGCAAAAGAUCCUUCAGCCUUUGGUCGUCGGCCCUGCGCAUCAGGGGCGUCUCAACAAGCCCGUGCUUGUCCUCUGCAUCACUGAUGGGUCUCCUGCUGGCGAGCCCAAGGGACACCUGUUCGAUGUCAUUAUCCGUGCCGACCACGAGCUCAAGCAGACUCGUUACGGUCCCGACGCCAUUUCCUACCAGUUUGCUCAGGUUGGAGACGACACGAAGGCUUCCCGUUUCCUGGCAGAGCUUGACGCCCACCCUGUCGUCGGCUCUCUUGUCGACUGCACCUCCAACUUUGAGGCCGAGCAGGAAGAAGUGCAACGCAAGACGGGGACCAUCUUGGACCCUACCAUGCGGAUCGUCAAGCUUUUGAUGGGGCCUAUCAGCUCUUCCUUUGACCUCAAGGGUGAGCACAUCCACCGGAGCCUAUACCUGGCCAGCGUUGACAACUGUUCUUCAGACGAGGCUUUCCACAAGCGAUACUACUGA